CAGAAAAAAGGAGAGUGGUGGACUUGUGGACCAAAGAGGCAGAGAAAUAAAAGCGCGAAAGAAAGAGGGGGGUGGAGGGUCCAAGAGAGAGAGAGAGAGAGAGAGAAAGAGAGAGUGGCACACUAUCGAAACGAGAGAAAGCGACAAACUGAGAGCGUGGCAGACUGACGGACAGCUGACCCCGGGAACCACAGAGAAAGAUGCAUGCCUUCAUGCUGCUUGGCUGCUUUGUCCUCGUUUGGACAGAGUACUUCCUCGCCUCAGCCCACAUCCCUGAGGAGAGACUCUCCACCAAUAGGGCCGUUGUAUCUAACUCUCUGUCUCAGAGCCUUUACAAAGGCUCACCUCCUGUUGUUAUUGUUGAGUUGCCAAAAUCAGGGCAGAAGAACAAGAAAGCAAAGAAACAAAAAAAGAGCAAAUAUGCUGUGAAGAAGCGCCCUCCUCCUCCUGCUAACUGCAUUCCCUUGUGGGGAAGCUGUAACUCUUCAGGCAAUGUGUGCUGUGAUUUCUGCGCUUUCUGCAAGUGUCGGAUCUUCAGAACUGUCUGUUUCUGUCGAAUGGGCAACCCUCGCUGUUGAGCAGCCAGCUGCAGCUGGAACGGGCUUCGAGCUAACAGAACAAAAAUGCAUUCUAUAGCAAACCGCUUGAAGUGAGCACUGGUAGAGGUGAAUCACGUCUGGUCCUUGGUUUGUAACUUUGCCGAAAAUUCUAUGCAUGAAAGCACUUUAUCACCGAGGACUGUCCCACAGUGAGCCUCCCUGAAGUCUUCCAGGGUGUAGGCCUGCUGCUUAUACGACUGCGAUGACACUCGGAUACGUUUUUAUCUUACUUUGAGCUUCGAGCACGCAUUUAUUGAAUUUUUGUCAAACUAUUUUAUAUAUGGCUUUUUUUCCCCACAAAAAUACAUGAAUGUGCAAUAACACGUAUUAUAUUGAAGCUACUUAGCGUAAUUUCGGGAGCAGGACCACACCUCUGACACGCCUCUUCCGGUAUUCCUAUAAAUACCUCCCUAACCCACUCUUCCCGUCUCGUUUACGCAUUCCCAACCCCACCCUCCCAACCCCCUUUUU